ACUGCCUCCGGUGCGCUUUCGGCCUUUUCCCCUCCCCCGACCUCCCCGCGCGGUCCUCCGGGGCCUAGCUUCCCGCAGCCCCUGCGCCCGGCCCGAGGGAGAGCUUCCGGAGCCCGGGCGCGGCCGGGGGCCGGGUGUUGCCGCCGCCGGCCUGCCCGCCCCAGCCCCCUCGGCACUGCCUCGGGAGCUUCAGCUGCCCACGCUGUGCAGUGUACUCCGUGUUCUGGCAAAACACCGACGGCUCACGUCGUCCUCCCGGCCUCAGACGCAUUAAUACACCUUUGAGUUCCUCUUCUGGCCCUGACCUCCCUGUCAGUCUUCUUGUCAUGCUCUUUCCUCCAGUUGGACAGAUAAGAAUCACAAGAAAAGCAGAUGGCAUCCGGGGAUUUCUGCUCAUCUGGAGAAGGGAUGGAAAUACUCCAACAAGCAAACAGCUCCCUCCUUGUAACCUGAGUGAAGAGGACCUAUUACAGAACCCACACUUCAGCAAACUGCUGCUGAGUCUCUCACAACACAUGGACGAGAGUGGCUUAAGCCUCACACUGGCAAAGGAGCAGGCUCAGGCGUGGAAGGAAGUUCGAUUGCAUAAGACAACAUGGUUAAGGUCUGAAAUUUUACAGAGAGUCAUUCAAGAGCUGCUUGUGGACUACUAUGUGAAGAGUCAAGACAGAAAUUUAACUUCUGAGGACAAAAAGUUUCAUGAGACCCUGGAACAGCGGCUGCUCGUGACUGAGCUGACACAGCUCUUAGGUCCCAGCCAGGAGAGGGAGGUGCCCCCACUGCUUGGGCUGGAGAAGGUGGACCUUCUGGAGCUCAUGCCACCCUCAGAGGAUUUUGUGUGGAUGAGAGCCCGGCUCCUGCUUGAAGUGGAGGAGCAGCUCAAGAAGAAAUGUUUCACUCUGCUCUGCUACCACAAUCCCAGUUCAGAUUCAGACAGUGAAACCCUGAAGGCGGCAAAGGUAUGGAACCUUGCAGAGGUCCUGGUGGGUGAGAAGCAGCAGUGCCAGGAUGCCAGGAGCCAGCAGAAGGAGCAGAUGGUGCUCCUGGAGAAGAAGAGUGCCACCUACUCCCAGGUGCUUCUCCGCUGCCUGGCCUUGCUGCAGAGGCUUCUUCAGGAGCACCGGCUGAAGACUCAGUCUGAGCUGGACCGUAUCAAUGCCCAGUACCUGGAGAUCAAGUGCAGCGCCAUGAUCCUUAAGCUGCGGAUGGAAGAGCUAAAGAUUUUGUCUGACACUUACACUGAUGAGAAAGUGGAAGUUCAUCGUCUCAUUAGGGACCGUUUGGAGGGGGCUAUUCACCUACAAGAGCAGGACAUGGAGAAGUCCCGACAGGUCCUGAACACCUAUGAGGUCCUCGGGGAGGAGUUUGACAGGCUGGUGAAAGAGUACACCCAACUCAAGCAGGCAACUGAGAACAAGCGCUGGGCCCUCCAGGAGUUCAGCAAGGCCUGCCGCUGAGUGUGGGCGGGGCCAGGAGGCUCAGCUUCUGCAUAGGGGCUGCCUCCUCCUCUUCCUGCUGAAAGGGCCACCACCACCUGAGCCCACCUUCACUCAAGGGAGCGUGGGGACACUUGCUCAAAACACUGCAGUCCUUUAGGCACCCUCCUGGUUUUUCUUCCUUGUUUACAAUGAGAGUCUCUUCUAGCAAAUGUAACAGAUUUGUAUAAUUUUCUGUACAGCUAUUUGUCAGUGCCAGCCCUGUAUCGUACUUGAUUAUCUCCUGAAUAAAGUGAUAAUGUUGUAUCUGA